UGAAGCAAUUGGAAUCGCUCGCAUUUCGCACCGGAAGAACGUAAAGAAACGGACAAAUAAAUAACUGUGGCUAGAAUCCUGACCUAAUUUUCGCGAAUGCCGAAAUAGUCUGACAUUCGAUCAUGCGGUGUUCGCUUUUAAUCGUUUUCGCGAUACUCUCGUGCGCCGCGGCGCAAACUAUGAAAUUACUUCACGAAUGGAAAUACAUCGACUACCUCUGGCGAAGCGAUGAGCAGAAGCGAAACGCUAUAGAUUCGGGGGACUACAAUUACACCCAAGUAUUCCUGAUAGACUCGGAUCGAGCACCGGAUGGAAGGAUCUUCGUGACUACACCACGUUUUCCCGGUGUACCCGCAUCCCUAUCGACGGUUUCCAGAAGAAGGGGAGCCGGAGGUCCCCUGCUGAAACCCUACCCGAGUUGGUCCUGGCAUAAAAAGAACGACUGCUCCGGUAUCUCGAGCGUGUGGAGGACGAUAAUCAAUUACAAGCCCGGCUAUUGCCAACACCUCUGGGUACUGGACAGCGGACAAAAGGGCGUUUGCGACGCUCAAUUUUUGGUCUUCGAUUUGGCGAGCGAUAAAUUGAUAAGGAGAAUUCCGAUACCCGCAAACUACGCGAACAACAUGAAAAACGAGGGACUUCUGAUCACACCGGCUAUAGAGAGCGACGAUCAGUGCAGAAAUUCGUGGGUGUACGCGGCGGACGUGGAGGGUGGCGGUUUGAUAGUUUUGGACGUUGCGAGGGAGAAAUUGCGACGAUUAGAGAUGGAGGUGUUCAAAGCCGAAACGUCCAAGGCGACGUUGACGAUAGCCGGUGAGAGUUUUUAUCUGGCGGACGGAAUUUUCGGGCUCGCCGUGCCCAACGGAUUGGGAUCGAAUCCGAGACGUUUGUACUUCCGGCCGUUGGCUUCCCUCAACGAGUACUCGAUAGAGCUGAAAGAUCUCCAUCGAUCUCUGCACUCCGAGAAGGACGUCCCUUACCUCAAGUAUAAUUACACUUUUCCGAGUCAAGCCGCCUCCCAGGCCGCGUCGAGAGACGGAAUUUUGUUUUUCGGACUCACGAGCCAAACGGCGAUCGCCUGCUGGAACACGAGGACCCCGAUGAACGAGAGGAACGUGGAUAUCGUUUACCGGGAUGAAAAUCUCCUGCAAUUCACGAGCGGUGUGAAGAUCGUCGAUUACCCCGGUACGGAAAGUCUCUCCGUCGUUUCCAACAGGUACCAAAAAAUUGCCCUCGGUACGAUGGAUUUUUCCGAAGUUAAUUUCAGGAUACUCUUCGAACCCGUCGAUUCCCUGGUCAGACGAAGCAAGUGCGGAAAUCCGCACUACUGAACGCCCUUCCGAAAAACAGGAGCUGGCGAUCGUAUAUUUUUAGAAUUAGAUUCUGGAAAUGAUGAAAAAAAAAAAAAAUAAUGGCAGUCACAAAUUUA